UGACGAAUCCCACAAUUUACAUACACACUCUACCCAUAAAUACAUACGACUGUUCAUUGUAUCUCUCUUUCUUCUUCUCCAACUGAUUUCAAAUCUCAAAUAAAUCUUCCCCAAAUUUAGAACGAACAAACAAACUUCAGAGCUUAAAACCAACAGAUGGGUUCAAAUGCAGUUGAUGAAUUGAUAGAAGCGUCAUCAGGAGUUCAUUAUUCUGGAUUCCAUAUGGAGCAGCCACGUACUCCAGAAAUUGAGCAACCAACAACCUCUAUAGAUGAUAGUGUUCAUAGGCAACCCUUCAUCAUUGGCGUUGCUGGAGGUGCUGCAUCUGGCAAGACAACAGUUUGUGAUUUAAUUAUUGAGCAGCUUCGUGAUCAGCGAGUUGUACUAGUUAACCAGGAUUCUUUUUAUCAUACUUUGACUCCUGAAGAACUGACAAAAGUUCAUGAGUACAACUUUGACCAUCCUGAUGCAUUUGACACCGAAAAAUUGUUGUGUGUGGUGGAGGAAUUGAAGCAGGGGCAAGCAGUAGAUAUUCCAAAAUAUGAUUAUAAGAGUUACAAAAAUGACGUAUUCCCUCUUCGAAGGGUCAAUCCUUCAGAUGUUAUAAUCUUGGAAGGCAUACUCAUCUUUCACGAUCCACGUGUCCGAGAUCUGAUGAAUAUGAAGAUAUUUGUUGAUACAGAUGCUGAUGUACGUCUCGCGAGGAGAAUAAGACGUGACACAGCUGAAAAGGGAAGAGAUAUUAGUAUGGUGCUUGAUCAGUACUCUAAGUUUGUGAAAGCUGCUUUUGAUGACUUCAUUCUUCCUACAAAGAAGUAUGCUGACGUUAUCAUUCCCCGAGGUGGAGACAAUCAUGUUGCUAUCGAUUUGAUUGUGCAACAUAUUCGGACAAAACUUGGUCAACAUGAUCUUUGUAAAAUAUAUCCUAACUUAUAUGUCAUUCAAUCAACUUUCCAGAUACGUGGCAUGCAUACACUUAUACGGGAUGGUCAUACAACUAAACAUGACUUUGUAUUUUAUGCUGAUAGAUUAAUUCGAUUGGUUGUUGAACAUGGUUUAGGACAUCUGCCAUUUACGGAAAAGCAGGUGUUGACUCCAACUGGAUCUGUUUACAGUGGUGUUGAUUUUUGUAAGAGGUUAUGUGGUGUUUCAGUAAUUAGAAGUGGAGAGAGCAUGGAGAAUGCCUUGCGAGCAUGUUGUAAAGGUAUCAAGAUUGGCAAGAUCCUGAUCCAUCGAGAGGGUGACAACGGUCAGCAGCUGAUCUAUGAGAAACUACCACUAGAUAUUGCAGAGAGACAUGUCCUGCUGUUGGAUCCCAUCCUCGGAACAGGGAAUUCAGCUGUUCAAGCUAUUUCAUUACUGCUGAAGAAGGGUGUCCCAGAGUCCAACAUUUUAUUCCUCAAUCUCAUUUCUGCACCUCAAGGAGUACAUGUGGUGUGCAAGCGGUUUCCAAGAAUAAAGAUUGUGACAUCUGAGAUAGAAAUUGGUCUGAAUGACGAUUUUCGUGUUAUUCCUGGGAUGGGUGAGUUUGGUGAUCGAUAUUUUGGCACAGACGAUGACUAAACGAAGAGUUGUGGCCCCUCCAUACCCCGCAAUCACAUAAUGGGAGAUGUAACGUUCAAUUCCAAUUCAAAUUUUUUUAACGAUCUUUUAAAAGAAAAGAGUAAGAUGAGCAUGAUGAAAACACUUGUGUAACGGAUAAAUGGACAUUUUGAAGCAUUUUUGAGUAUACAAGCCUUAUAAACGUGAUUUCUUUUUUCACUCUA